AUUUAGGCUGCUGAAACAAGCUUGGGCAGAAUUAUUAAAAUUGUGCAGGCAGUACAAAUGCAGCACCUAAACCGAGUAGUUUGACAUGUUGAUCAGCGUCUUAACAGACAGAACUGUUGUAAAUCGUAGAUUAUUCGCAGUAUUUCGCUGCUAUUUCCUUAUUCUGUGGUUAUGAGGAGGCUUCUGGCUGCGUAUUUCGUUGUUCUCCACAUCACACAGCAGUCGUAUGACAGAAAACGAGCCCUUCACCGAUUCACCUCCACAUCGGACCAAACCACAUCAUUGCUCGGGGGGUUGAGGGAUUAUCACACAAUAAUGUCACUGUUCUCGCAUAGUGAUAUUUUAUACACAUUUUAUCUUUAAACAGUAUUCUUGUGUUUUUCACCAUUCUUAUUGUGCCACGGUUGAAAAUAAAUACGCUUUACAUAAAUUUAAUUUCGGCACUCCUCCUUUGUAGUAAUGGUUCGUUCCGCAGCGGCUCUGCGCAGCGCUGCCACAUCACAGCCGUCUUCUCGCUGCUGACGCUGGAGAAGCGUCUCAAUUUAUUUAAAACGAAGAAACCUUAAUGUAGCGGGACACCAGUAUUUGUUACUAGAUAAAACAUAAAACCUGAGGUCUCCGGUGGCUCGCGAGAGAGCGACGUUUUGCCGUCACACCGAAGGAGGAUUAGCAGCAGCGGUGCCGCGGCGGAGCUGACAGGACUGCGGUCCGGCAUCAUGAUGAGGAGGAGGAUGCUGAAGAUAUCCAGACACUGACUCUCUCGCACGUCGGCUAAAUACACACUACUGCGCAACAGGAUUUUGAAUUAUAAAGUGGACUCCGUUGACGUUGUUUUGUCGAGGGAGGGGGAAGGGACAAAAAGAAGAAGAAGGGGAGAGAGGGGGGAGAAAAAAAAAAAAAAAACCCGCUGAUAUCACGUGGAUUGCCUUCAUUUUCGCUUCUCUCGUGCAUGGCGCGAGAGGCUUCUCCGCGCCCUCUUACCGCUUGCGGGACUCCGGCGUCUGUUUGUCCUCUGUCACCACGUGAACACGCAGUGGUGCAGCCCCCCCCCUGUUUGUAUUAUUGACGGCUCCUUAAUGCUGCUUGUCGACACAGGUGUGUCUCAUGAUGAUGUCUGAUGGACCUACACUGAGACCUACAAGCGAUGAGGGCUGCAGUCCAGCAGUUCCUUCUCUAAGGCAGCGCUCUCUAUGACUAUUGUGCUGUGUGCUCAUGCUACUUUAGGCUUUCAUGUUUAUUUAUGUAUUUAUUUCCCAAAUGGCUGCAAAACUAAGUGCAUCAAUCCGUCUUGAAAAUAUGAAAGAUUUCUUCCGACUACCUCGGCGACGGGUAUUUUUUGGACGGGGCGCCUUUUGAAAGCGGUUGCUUCGCCGUCGAGCGCUGCGGGGCGAAGGCCGGGCUUGGUCGGCGUUUGCCGUCUCUGCGCCGAUGUUGGACGUCAGGAUGAAGGAUCUGUGUCGGAUCUGCGCCCGUGAGCUGUGCGGUAAUCAGCGGCGCUGGAUUUUCCACCCGGCGUCCAAGCUCAACCUGCAGGUCCUGCUGUCCCACGUGCUGGGCCGGGACCUGACGCGCGAUGGCAGGGCUGAGUUUGCCUGCAGCAAGUGCACUUUCAUGCUGGAGCGCAUGUAUCGCUUCGAUACGGUCAUCGCGCGCGUCGAGGCUCUCUCCAUCGAACGCCUUCAGAAGCUGCUGUUGGAGAAGGAGCGUCUCCGGCAGUGCAUCGGCAGCCUCUACAGUAGGAGCAAUAGCGAGGAGAUGAGGGCGGGCGCGGAAAGCCGGCCUGUGGACUGCACUGUGGACAUGUCUGGCCUGCAUGAUGCCAAGUACGUUUCCCUGCUCCAGGAGGACCUUGCCUAUUCUGCGUAUGAAUCGUGGGCCGAGCACGAAGACCAGGUGCUGGACCCUCACCAUCAUUGCCAGGGGUCUGAGGCGUGCACAAGCCGCUCGCGGAGGUGCAAGGGCUGCUCAGCCCUGAGGGUCGCCGACUCCGAUUAUGAGGCUGUGUGCAGGGUGCCCCGCAAAUUAGCCAGGAGCAUCUCCUGCGGCCCAUCCACUCGCUACUCCGUGAGCGUGCCGGAGAGCGAGUACAGCGUGGAGCCUUCAGCAGCCGUGACGCCCGUGCUGGAGGGGGACAGCACUGCGGAGUGUGGCAGCCUUGAAGACACUAGCUCUGGAUCACCCUCCGUCGAGUCCCUGGACACUGCUGUCGAUGCGGUCCAUCCCUCCGGUCAUGGGGAGGAGGAGCAGAGGUCUGAGCAGAUGUCUGCAAGUUUGGUCCUCUCCUCCCACAAGUUGGCUCUGGCCCUCAGCCUGGUGAGGAACUGUGAAUACAGGCCCAUCCAGAGUCCUCGUGGAAGCAGGCUCCCAAUCCUGGUGAAACCUACCUCCCUUGAAAUGGGCAACAAGGAGGCUGCAUUAGAACUGUCCGCUAGGGUUCUGUGCAGCAGGUGCAGCGAGGUGGCAGCCCAUCAGGUCCCCCUAGACCUGCAGCUGGAACUUGCCGAGCUUGAGGAGAUGUGGCGAGACGUCUACGUGGAAUAUGCGCCUAUUCGCUGCAAGAAGAGCCUCAUCGAGGAGCAGCAGAGCCAGCUGAACCAGUACGAGUGUGCUGCGGGCCAGUGCGUCAGCGAGCUGCAGAAGGCACAACUCCAGGUCCAGUCGUUGCAGGCCCGAAUCCACAAGAGCGAGUCCAACAACAAGAAGCUCCAGGAGAAGCUGAAUGAGAUGGAGUUGGAGCUGCGUUCCCUCAGGCAGUCCACCCAGAUGCAGGAGCGCACCAUUCAAGGCCUGAAUGACGUUGCUGGCACCAAAGACAGGGAGGCCCAGGAGCUCUACAGUGUCAUUGAGGGGCAGAAUGAAAUGCUGUGCACGCUGAAAGAGGUGGCCCACCGGUACCAACUGCAGCACCUGCAGGUGUCUGACAGGGAGGCAACCCAGCUACAGACAGAGCUCCUUGCCCUGCGCAGUUCCAUCUUUUCUAGUCAGCUGGAGCUGCAGGGCAGCAAGAGGGCAGAGCGGAAGAGCCAGUGGCAGGCUGCUGACAUCUCUCGUGCCCGUGACCGUCUUCACGCCGACCUGGAGGAGGCGCUACAACACCGUGAGAGCACAGAGCAGCACAACCAGGAGUUGCGCAGUGCUCUGCAUCAGGCCCAGUCUGACCUCCAGGCAAAGGAGGUGCAGCUGAAGGAGGUGGAGGGAGAAAAGCAGGUGGAGGUGGAGGCCAGGGAGAAGACCAUGCAACAGCUGAGGCUCUCACUACAGACCAAGGAGCAAAUGGUGCAGGAGUACUUGGAGCUUCUUGACCAUCAAAAGGAUCCCAGCAAGAAUCGGGACACAAUGCUUCACAAGCUAAAGGAGCGCAUCAAGGAACGGGACAGAACCCUGGAGCGUGCCAUCGAUGACAAAUUUCACUGCCUGGAGGAGAAGAAUGCAGAUAUUCGCCAUUUGCAAUUGGCCCUCAGGGAGAAGGAGAGGGACCUGGAGAGACUGCGCUAUGUUCUGUCCAAGAAUGAGGAGACCAUCACGAGUCUGGAAGGUGUGCUGCGAGGCCGAGAGCUGGAGCUCGAGCAGGCAAAGGAGGCCAACAAGAACCUGCAGUGGCUGAAGCACGAGGUGGAGGAGAGGAACAGGCACAGCCUGAAGGAGAGAGACGCCAUCAUCAGCCAGCUGCAGGCCUCACUGCAGAGCCGUACAAAGGAGGCAGAGAACCUGACAGCAGCACUCCUUAGCAAGUCCACCACAGAUGGCAACCUGGUGGUAGAGGAGCUUAAGCUGCGCCUUCAGCUGAAGGAGCGUCUCUUUCAAGAAGCUCUUUCAGAUCGCACCCGGCAAGCCCAAGAGCACCACUCCCAGGUCCAGGAACUACUCGGCGCCAUCAACAGCAGGGACCAGUACAUCAAGGACUCUGUGAGCCGACUGGGUCAGGUGAUCGCGGAGCGGACCUGUGAGCUGCAGGAGCUGCGCAGACAACUAGCUGUCCGUGAGCAGGAGCUGACCAAGUUGACCCAAAAGACUGAGCAACAGAGCUCAGAUCCACAUUACCAGAUCAAGAGGCUGCAGAACCAGCUGCGUGAGAAAGAGUCAUUUAUCCAGGUGCUGAUGAACAGCAAUUCAUACAAUCAGGAAGAGCCCAUGAUCACCUCCAAGCAAGGAGAAGCAUCCACAGGCACUGGGCAGAGAGCGGCUGACAGAGAUUUGGGGUUGCCGACAGAGAUUUGUGCACUGCACGAGGAACUUCGACUUGCCCUAAAGAAGGAGAAGGAGGCCCAGUUGGAGCUUUCCACCCUCCGUGCUGCACUAGCCAAGGUCAAGGAUCAGAUAGAGACCCAGGCUGUUGAACUGGAAGGCCUCACAAAAACACUGGAAAUCAAGGAGGAGCUCAUUAAGGACCUUCAGAGGCAACUAGUACAUCCUUCAGACUUGACUUUGGUGGAGGGGCUGACACAGGAGCUCCAGGAGCUGAGGGACAGGGAAGGCCACCAGAAGAUCACCAGCAAGGAUCACCAGCUCUUGUUAGAGCAACUGAUUUCAGACUACGGUAGACUGAACGAAGCUGUAAAGGUGGAGAAACAGGUGUAUCACAGUCUGAUGCAGGUUGGCUCUAUCGAAGACAGCUCUGAGAAGGUCUGGACGCUGCAGAGAGAGCUCGACACAAUUCAGGCGCUCCGAGGACAACUGGAGGAGGCCCUUGGAAGGGCCCGAGAGACCACCACUCUGCCAGAAAAGGCAGCUGCAACACAACCUGAAUUUGGAGAACUCGACGUUGAGGAAGAGGAGGAAGAGGAGGAGGAAGAUGACGGCAGCAGCGAAUACGCAGAUAGCAUUGAGGACGAAGAGAACUCUAAGCUCACUGCUCGCAGCCUUGCUGCCAACCAGACCUCCUUUGAGAAGCUGGACCUGCACACCGGAGCGACGCGUGCCGUUUCCUCCCAGAGCGUGGCGGCGGACAGUCCGGGCCUGGCGGAGGUGCAGCAGCUGGUGGAGCAGAAGAAAGCAGUGGAACGCGAGCUGGGCGAGCUGAAGACGCAGCUGGAGAAGGCCGGCUACGCCUCCCUCUCUCAGAUGAGAAAUGCUGCGCUGAGCCUGCGUGCGGAAAACGGCGAGCUGAAGAGGGCACUGGCGCAGGCGGCCCGCAGGAUGCGGGGUAAGGCCGAGCCGGGGGGGCUCGCUGACGACGGGCGGUCGGGGAUCCCUGAGAAGGAAGAAGACGAGCGAGGGCAGGCGGGAGAAGGGGAAGGGUUGGCGGACAACGGGAGGGAGCCGGGCGUCGCCCACAGCAAGCGCUCCAUCUCCGGCUCGCCGCUCCGAGAGGGACGGGGCAAGAGGAGGUGCACCCGGCCAGUCUCUCUGGACCUGGGAUCUCUGCCGUCCCACACCUCCACGCAGGAGGCGGAGCUGAAGGAGCAGGCGAGACGGCUGCGUUCGGACCUGGAGCGGAGCCAGCAGGAGAGCCAGGAGCUCCAGGAGAGGCUGAUGGUGUCUGAGGCCACGGUGCAGGCCCAGGCGGAGCAGCUGAAGGACUACCGGGAGCUGCUCACGGAGACCUCGGUGCAGCAGCACAGCAAGCAGGUGCAGGUGGACCUGCAGGACCUCGGCUACGAGACCUGCGGCCGCAGCGAGAACGAAGCGGAGCGGGAAGACGCCAGCAGCCCGGAGUUUGACGAUCUGGAGAUGUGCACCACGCUGUCUAGGCAGGACUGUGGAGCGCGGUGGUGGGCGGAGGAUUCUGGGAAGGGUGAGCACGCUGCGUCCCUGCAGCGGCAGGUGGAGGACCUGCGGAGCCAGCUGUCCCGCUCGCACGCGGCCAUCCGCAGCCUCCAGGGCCGUCUGCGCUUGCUCUCCAACGCCAGCGAUUACGGCUCCGGCCCGGAACGUCCGCACAAAGUGAGCUGGGGCCUCCGGGGUUCCCCUGCCACCAGCGGCCCCGAGGAGGACGAGGGCUGGCAGUCCGAAGGGCCCGCCGCGCCAUCGCGUCCGCCGCCGAGCCGAGAGCUGCGGGAGCUGGCGUCUCGCGUCGCCAGCUUGGAGGAUCAGCUCAAGGUCUCGCGCGCUGAGGGCAAGGGUGCCCACGAGGACCCCAAGACUGCUGCCUGGCAAGGGAAGUUUGACACGCUGAUCCAGGCGCAGGCCCGCGAGCUGUCGCACCUGCGGCAGCGCAUGCGCGUGGGCCGCGGCGUCUGCCACAUCCUCAGCCAGCACCUGGGAGACACCACCAAGGCCUUUGAGGAGCUGCUCCGUGCCAACGACGUGGACUACUACAUGGGCCAGAGCUUCCGGCAACAGCUGGCGCAGAGCCUCGCGUUGGCCGAGCGCGUCGCCGCCAACAUCGGCAGCCGGGACCCCGUUGAGGUGCUCGAUGAUAAGAUGGGCCACGAGCUGCUGGCUUUGAGGCUGAGCAAGGAGCUCCAACAAAAAGAUAAGCUCAUCGAGUCCCUCCGCUCCAAGCUCAAACAACAGCGGCCGGACACGCCGUCAAGUAGCCAUGCCCUCUCCGAGACCACCAACCAGUCGGACAGGACUUCAUUUGUGUCUGAUGAACCUGGCUCCGCUCACGAGGACCUGGAGUUGGGUUCCGAGUUGGAUAUGGCCAGCGAAUACACACAAGAGGAGCAAGACCGUGGCCGAAGCCCUCUGCAUGCCAUGUCAGAUUCUCUUUGUCCUGGUGGCACUCCACCUCUGCUUUCUUCUAUCCCAUCAUCCAUCUCUCCAUCACAUGGACCUCAGUCACCCACCAGCUGUCUCAGCAUGCCCCGCACAUCACCCAAGCUCGUGGACAGUCAUUCACAGAAAGAGCUCUUUAUUGGUCCCAUGUCCAGUUCCCUGCCCUGCUCUAACCUCCCGGGCCUCAGGGUGCCUUUGCUCUUUGACCCUCGCUCUCCCCUAGUGGGGUCCAGUCACUGUGAUGCUGGGUCAUUCUCCUUGGCUGAGGUUCACCAGGAGCUGCAGGCUCUGCAGAGACAGCUGGCUGACAGUUUUGCAGUUCCGCAUAUGAAGCCACUCUCCGCUUUCCCACCAGCCCAGCCGAAUCCUGCCGGUUACAUCCCACUGUCCCAUCAUGCCUUUCAUCAGCCUUCGCUAAGCACCCCCAAUGCCAGCACCCCCAAUGCCAGUACCGCAGUGAAGCCAGAGGCAAAUCUCCUGGACCGCAGUGCACUGUGGGACAUGACCCACAUUGGGCAGCCAACCAGAGCAGGCGCUUACAGAGACAUCUCCUCAGGGUCGUCCGGAUACCAGUCUGGGGCUAGCCACACAGGCUCCGACCUCAUUGAGGAGCACCUUAGGGAGAUCCGUAGCCUGCGACAGCGCCUCGAGGACUCCAUCCAGACCAACGACCGCUUGAGGCAGCAGCUUGAGGAGCGACUGGCCACCACAGGCCGGGAUGGUGGGGCGCCAACCAACAUCUACAUCCAGGGCCUGGACUCAGUGAGUCAGCUAACAAACGAGAAUCGAGCCCUCAAAGCGGAGAAUCUCGACCUCCAGGCCCAACUGAAAGCCAGCAGAGACAGCUGUAAGGAGUGCACGCAGCUACGGGAGGUGAUCCUCUCUGGCCGGGUGAGGCUCAAGCAGGUGGAGCUGGAGGCGGAGCGAUGGAGGGAGGAAAACCAGCGGCUUCAGACCCUCGGCUGUGAGCAGGAACAGGAGAUCCAGCAGCUUCGUCAGGAACGGCAGAUGAGCCAGGAUUACACCAACAGGCUGAAGCAUGAAGUGAACCUGCUCGAACAGCAGCUGUCUGAGAAUCGGCAGCUGUUGCGCUCCCUGCAGUGUGAGCUGCAACUUUACGAGCAGGUGUGCAGGACUGCCAAGAGCAAUGCUCCCGCUGAGCUGACAGGGUUGCUGGAGGAGCUGCGCAGCCUGCGCAUGCAGCUAGAGCGCAGCAUGCAGGAGAACGGAUCCUUGCGUGCACAGCUGGAGCAGCAGCUGAGCGGACUGGUGACACCUAGUGAGCCUCGGCCUUCCAACAUUGGCGUUCACGGCCAGCAGGACAACAGCGGCAGGAGGCAACUCUUUCAUGAUCCUGCCCCGUCUCCACCUGUCCGAGACCCAGGGUUAUUAAAUGCUGACUCGCCAUACUCCACCUUGUCCAAGUCCCCAGAACUGGAAGAUUCAGACAUCCUGACUAAUGAUUUGCUGAAGCCACAUUCAGAGCUGGAAGGAGAGGCACCGGACGGUUCAUUUGCCAACAAGAACGGGCGGCAUGCCGUUGGGCACGUGGACGACUUCAAUGCCCUGCAGCAGCAGAUCCUGGAGGGUGAGGUGUUGGUGCACAAGAUGGAAGUCAUGCUGCAAUCCUCCCUCAACUCAGGCAAGGCUCUGGACCAUGGUCUGGUGAAGAACCUGCUGACCAGCACGAAGACACUCCAUCAGAUCUUGGAAGAGGCCACGUCCCUCCUGAAAAUGUUCUGGCGGGCAGCACUCCCCAGUACUGAGAGCUCCUUCCAGUUCAUCAGAAAGGAGCAAUCCAUGAAGGAUGAGAUUCGCAAGCUGAGGGUGAAGAUUUCUGAGCAGGAGGGGCUGCUGAAGGACACCAUCGAGAGGCUCAGGAGAACAAACCGCAGCAAGGAGAGCAUGGAGCUCUUCAUAGUGAGCCAGCUAUCAAGAACACGUGAUGUCUUGAAAAAAGCUCGGACAAACUUAGAGAAGAAUGAGUACAAGAUAUCUUCUCUAAGUUCCUCCUCUCCUUCCCUCCGCCCUGGUGAAGUCCAGAGGGGGGGUGACCGGAAGUCCUUUCGUGAUUGGGGUAUUCUGAGUUCUCACCCUCAGAUGACAGCCAAUGGGACACCCAGCCAGUUGAACUCCAGGAUGGGCAGCCAGUCACAUCAACCUCAGAUGGUCAUGUACUAGACCAUCUUCGAUCUCAGUCAUCCUCAAAUUCUUCCAGCAGUGAUGUUUUUGUCUUGUGAGAAGUGAAAGCUCUUAACUAUCUUAUCCUACAAUGUAUUGGUUGUCUAGAGGCCUUCACGGGGUCUCUGGUCCAGUCAGCUUGUAACAUGUUAACAUUGGAAUGGACAUCAGUUAGGGUUGUUGUCUCACAGCACCUCACUGGUGUUGUUCGGCUACAGUAAGUUGUUCUCUAGGCCGUCUGUGUCCAAUUAAGUGUCCUUGACACAACUUGAGACAUGAAGCCAUAGAAGAAAUGCCAACUGGUCAAAAAAGUUCUUUCCUUCACCUGAUUCUGCUGCCAUAGGGAUCUGGUUUACAAGAAGCUUAUUGUUCAAAAAUUUUCUCCGAGGUACGAAUUUUCUUGAAAUAUUAGGAAGUAGGUUUAGAAUUUAGGUAUUCUAGCAAAUUUACAGAUGACUUAUCUCACACUACGGAAUAUAUCAGUUUCUAAUUACAAGAAGUAACGGUUUUCCCACCAUUUUGAUUUGCUCAAAAAUGGCGAGAGACCAACUGUUUAGCUCUAGAAAAACCCGCCUACACAAGCAUGUGCAAUAAAAAAAAACACUGUUCGUUGAAUGUCUGCCAUCGCAACCAGCUUUGCCUUACUCUGAAACCAAGUAUUUAUUCUAUAAGGCUGAAGACCGUCAGUGCAAUAAUAGUGAGGUACUACUGACACAAGCGAUACGUAGUUGGUGUGUAGUUUAGGCACUGUAGUAAGGACAUGUAAAGAAAGUAAAAGCUAUGCUUGUAUAACAUGGAUCACCAGAACUGCCAAAAAAUUAACGUAUUAAUUUCCUUUUUUAUUUCAACCAUUUCUGUUACGGAUUUUACGAAGUUUUCAUGACCGAGUCACCCAGUUCCUCAGAACUUUCUCUGGCCCAUUUAACAAUUUUGUUUUUCAGAUCCAGCUGUAAAUUUCUUUGAGGAAACAUUCAAAUGAGAGAGAGAAAUUAUAACCAAAAAAAAAAAGUUUUUGGUCCAGUUUCAUUUUUAAAAUUAGUUUUUUUUUUCUUUUUAGUUUAGACUUUUUACAAAUGGACCAAAGGCUGGUAAAUAAUUUAAAUUGCAGGUUUUACACUGGAAUUCUUAUGACUAAUAUAUAAAUAUAUAUAUAUAUAUAUGUCUUGCCCUCCAUAGACAUGUUCAAAUUUUGGCAGAGAACUGAUAGAAACCUACAUUUGU